ACAGCCUGCACAAUUAAACUUCAAAAAAGGAUACGCUAGGUUUAAUUAGAGAUGUUAAGACUGUCCAAAAAAGGAUUACCUAGAUUUGAUCAAGUGCCAGAUGAAGAAACCUACCUAGAAAACUUAGCAAUACAAAGAAAUGCUUCUGCCUUCUUUGAAAAAUAUGACCGGAGUGAAGUCCAAGAGUUGCUGACGACGACACUGGUCAGCUGGUUGUCUACCAAGGAGAACGUGCGCACUCCGCUAGACAUCCCGUGUGGUAUCAUGAGUCAGAUGAACAACGUGGGCUUCUCCACUGCAAUCCUGCUGACUCCCGUGGACCCCAACGCCCUGUUAGACUACAGAGAAGUCCAUCAGAUGAUACGGGAGUUGGCUGUUGGAAUCUACUGCUUAAAUCAAAUCCCUUCCAUCAGUUUAGAAGCGAAUUAUGAUCAGAGUUCUUCUUGCCAGUUACCUCCAGCUUAUUACGAUACCAGAAUUGGGCAAAUUCUGAUCAACAUUGACUACAUGCUCAAAGCACUGUGGCAUGGAGUGUACAUGCCCAAAGAGAAACGAGCCAGAUUCUCCGAAUUGUGGCGCACCAUCAUGGAUGUGGAUCCAGAUGGGAAACCUCAGACAAAUAAAGAUAUUUUUACAGAGUUCAGUUCAGCAGGUUUGAUUGAUAUUACAAAGGAUACAGACUUUAAUGGAAUCUAUGAUGAAGACAUGAAUGAAGAUCCAACAUAUGAUCCCAAUAGCCCUGAAGAAAAAGCUGUGUUUAUGAAAUAUGCUGAAAAUAUCAUGCUAAAGUUGACAUUUAGUACCACACAAGUUCAACAGUAUCAAAAUGUCUUCAUAUUUGAAACAGCCUAUUGGCUUACUAAUGCUAUAAAAUACAAUCAGGACUACCUUGAUAUCUGUACCUACCAGAGACUACAGCAAAGAUUAUGUCUCCAAAAAAAGAUUAUUCAAAAACACUUUGAGAAGAAGAAAGAAAUCAGAAGAGGGUUAGGAUAUCUAAAAUUAAUAUGUUUUCUGAUUCCACUUCUACUGAGUUUAAAGAAGAAAAUGAAAGUUCCAUAUCUAAAUAGUCUGCUUCCACCUUUUUCAGAUGACAAGGUCAAGACAGAGCGAGAAUUGCCUCCAUUUAUUUAUGGACGAGACUUUAGAUGCCAGAAUUUUCACUACAAAGACAAUCAAUAUUUUCAUGUUCAUGGAGGAAUUGAAUUUGAUAUGAGCACCUCUCCAAUCGAGAAUACUUCGGAAGAGUUUCAGAAAAAUUUAGAAAAAAUACGAGAGUGUGCUGCUAAUACAUUUGUAGAAGAUUCAGGAUACAAAGAAUAUUACUCAAUACCAGUCAUGGAAUUUCAUGGAAAAAGCUACUAUGUGAUAUAUUUUGAACUUGAAACUUUCUAUCAGCAACUAUACAAGACCCAGUGGUGGGGAGCAAUAAAUGAAAUCGUGAACAACCUAAGAGUGAAGAGGCUGCCAUUGACAGACACUCAAUUACAUGAGCAGUUUAAGAAAAAAUUUGGUUUCAAAAAAGCUAUGAAAUGCAAGAGUAUCCCAUUUGGUAUGAAGUCUGCUGUUGAAAGAGGGUUAUGUGCUGUUUUCCAUACAUUUAGCCGUAAAACCUCCAGCUCCACAGUCAACGUUUCAGAUGAGGCUGGGUAUACUAUUUUCCAUCAUGCUGCUCUGUACAACAGAGUUUCUAUCAUCUGUCAGCUGUGCAAAGCUAACUUCAAUGUCAACCAGAGACGCUUUGUUACAUUCAGUCAAGGCCCAACUCCUCUACACCUGGCCGCACAAGCUUGCUCUUUAGAAACAACCAUCUGUCUACUAUGUUUCAAAGCUGAUUACAUGCUUUCUGAAGAAAGAGGCUGGAUGCCAAUUCACUUUGCGGCUUUCUAUGACAAUAUCUGCAUCAUUAUUGCUCUCUGUAGGAAGGAUCCCAGUUUGCUAGAAGCCGAGACAACAACUGAGAGUCAGUGCACCCCGCUGCUACUUGCCGCCACCUCAGGAGCUCUGGACACUAUUCAGUACCUGUUUUCUCUUGGUGCUAACUGGAGAAAAACAGAUACAAAAGGAAAUAACAUAGUUCAUUUGUCAGUGCUGACCUUUCAUACAGAGGUUCUCAAGCAUAUCAUAGAGCUAAAUAUUCCUGAACUCCCCGUGUGGAAAACUUUGGUAGAAAUGUUACUGUGUGAAAGUUACAAACGAAGGAUGAUGGCUGUCAUGUCCUUGGAAGUAAUCUGCUUAGCAAAUGACAGAUACUGGAAACAUAUUUUGGAUGCAGGUACCAUUCCUGCCUUAAUCAAUCUAUUAAAAAGUUCCAAAAUAAAAUUGCAGUGCAAAACAGUCGGGUUGUUGAGCAAUAUCUCCACGCACAAAAGCGUGGUGCAUGCCUUGGUAGAGGCAGGAGGCAUUCCGGCCCUGAUCAACCUGCUGGCUUGUGAUGAGCCUGAACUGCACUCUCGCUGUGCUGUCAUUCUGUUUGAUACUGCUCAAUGUGAAAACAAGGAUGUGAUUGCCAAAUAUAAUGGAAUCCCAGCUCUUAUCAGUCUCUUGAAGUUAGACAUAGAAGGUGUGUUAGUAAAUGUAAUGAACUGUAUCCGGGUAUUAUGUAUAGGAAAUGAAAACAAUCAAAGAGCAGUGAGAGACCAUAAUGGCAUCCAACAUCUCAUCAGGUUUCUGAGUUCCGAUUCAGAUGUGUUGAAGGCUGUGUCUUCUGCUACAAUUGCAGAGGUUGGGCGUGACAACACGGAAAUUCAGGAUGCUAUAGCCUUGGAGGGAGCGAUUCCUCCUCUGGUGGCUCUUUUUAAAGGGAAGCAUAUUAGUGUCCAAGUGAAAGGUGCAAUGGCUGUGGAGUCCCUGGCAAGCCACAACCCCCUCAUACAAAAAGCGUUUCUGGAAAAAUCAUUAACUAAAUACCUUUUAAAACUACUAAAGGCAUUUCAAAUAGAUGUUAAGGAGCAAGGGGCUGUAGCACUUUGGGCCUUGGCAGGACAAACACUGAAACAACAAAAAUACAUGGCAGAACAGAUCGGAUACAACUUUAUAAUAAAUAUGCUUUUGUCACCAUCAGCUAAAAUGCAAUAUGUUGGAGGCGAAGCUGUCAUAGCUCUAAGUAAGGACAGCAGGAUGCAUCAAAAUCAAAUAUGUGAAGGAAAUGGAAUUGCACCGCUGGUUCGCUUACUACGGAUCAGUAAGAUUGCUGAAGGCACGCUGCUCAGUGUCAUCAGAGCAGUGGGAUCCAUUUGUAUUGGUUUGUAUGCGUAUUUUCAAUUUCUUAAAUAUCUGUAAGAAAAAGAACAGACUUGGGUAGAAAAGAGGAAAUUAAUCUCCUCCCCUUCUAUCCCCACU